CUCGUGUCGUCCAUCCUGCGGCACCCCACCCAGGCGGCGCAGAGCCAGAGUGCCAGAGCCAGCCAGCCGGCCGCCUUCGCCCCAGCGCUCGUCUACACGUUCACACUAGCGCUGCGCUGCGCGCCUGCGCCAGCGACGACAGGGCAGUUCAGUUGAGCCGAGCGGCCGCGCCGAUGGAGGGGAUGGAGAAGGCUCUCACCAAGCUCGGCAGCUUCACCAUCUCCCGCAAGGCCAAGAAGGAGCUCUCCGCCAUCGGCGACGACAUCUCCCGUUUCUCCAGCACCGUGGAGGAGAAGGCAAAAUGGGUGUUCGAGAAGCUCAAAGGACACAAGAAGUCACUCCCUGAUCUCCUGCGUGAGCACAACCUCCCUCCAGGCCUCUUCCCUCGGAACAUCAUCUGCUAUGAGUACGACGAAUCAAACUCGAAGCUAGUGGUGCACCUGUCCAAGCCCUGCGAGGCGAGCUUCAAGGAUUCCUCCAUUAUACGGUAUGCUCCCCGCGUCAAGGCGACUCUGUCCCGAGGCAAGCUUUCUGGGAUUGAAGGCAUGAAGACCAAAGUAGUGGUGUGGGUGAAGGUGGCCAGCGUGAGCGUCGAGAGCUACAAGUCCGACAAGGUGUGCUUCAUUGCCGGCGUGAAGAAGCUGAGGCAGAAGGAUGCCUACGAGGUCCCCCGCGAAGCCGUCUCCGUCGAGGAGUUCUGAGAUCGAUUGGUUGGACUUAUCCGUCGUAUUAUUCAUUCGUACCAUUUUUUGGGUCCCUGAUGUGCGAUUCUUAAGGACAGAUUGGUGAUUGAUGUCCUGUGGUUCGGUAGAUUUGUAUAUUGGAAACAUGGGGGAUUUGUUAAUGGCUGGCAAAAGACAACCCGUGCAUGUUAUCUGAUGAGUCGUCCACGUGAGUGAUGUCUCAGUAAUGUGAACAUUCAGCAUGUGUUGGUUCUGCA